AUGGCCCACGAGCGCAAGCCGUCGACGACCGCCCGCGCCCAUGAACGCUUCGUCAUGAAGAAGAAGACCUUCGACAUGCAGUUCGCCCACAUGUACAUGAGCCGCCUCCAGGCGCUGGAGCCACAGGUCCGCGCAGCCGUCCACGCCGACCCGGACGUGGCGGCCGCCGGCGUCUCGAUCCUGCCCAAGAUCAUCGACCUGCGCGUUGGCGACGUCUGCAUCAUCACGGGCACAGUCUUCAAGCUGCUCAAGAACAAGCCAAACUUGCUUGACGAGUUUGUCGCUGACGAAAUCCUGGCCAUUGAAGAGACCGAGCACGCGUACUCGUCCGAGAACGACGAGCUCUUCCUCGAAGACGAGAGCGGCCGCGUCGCGCUCAAGGGCAAGGUUGACAUCGCAGCGCUCGUGACCGGUGUCAUUCUCGGCGUUCAAGGCGAGAUGGGCCCCGAUGGCGAAGGCUUUGCCGUCACGCGUGUCUUCCUGCCCGCGGCCGCCCCGCAACCGACGCCGCUGCCAGCGCGCUCGGACGACGCCUACGUCGCCUUGCUGUCGGGCUUGAGCUUUGGCUCGUCCAGCGUCACGCAGCACCCGGUGGCGACGGCGCUGGCCAUUGACUACCUCGCCGGUCGCCUUGGCGCCGACGAUGAAAAGGCUUUUGUGAGCUCCAUUGUGCACACGAUCAUUGCCGGCAACUCCUUGAGCAAGCCUGCAAGAGACGUGCUUCUCGAGCCGGUCAAGAAAUCGAGCGCCAGCGAGCUCGAAGUCAAGCCGCUGCAGCAGCUCGACCUUGUGCUCUCAUCGCUCACGUCAACGAUGCCAGUGGACAUCCUUCCGGGUGCGUGGGACCCAAGCAACGUCAUGCUGCCGCAGCAGCCGCUCGCUGCGUGUCUCCUUCCCCACGCCAUGCGCUUUGCUACGUGCUCGCUCGUCCCAAACCCGUACGCCUCGUCGAUCGACGGUGUUUCGUUCGUUGGCUCGUCGGGCCAGCCCGUCGACAGCGUCUUGCAGUGUUCGCUGGACCAGUCGCCCAUCGAUGCGCUCGAGCACCUGCUGUUGUGGCGGCACUUGGCGCCGACGGCACCGGAUAUUCUCGACUGCUACCCGUCGCCAGACAACGACGUCUUUGUCCUCGAUGCGUGUCCGCAUGUCCUGUUUGCGGGCAACCAGCCGGCCUUUGCGACCAAGCUCGUCACCGGUCCCGAGCAACAGAUCACGCGCCUUGUGUGCGUGCCGUCGUUUGCAAGCACGGGCACGUUUGUGCUGUUGAACCUCAAGGACCUCUCGGUGCUGCCCGUGACACUGACACUUUAA